UAUUCAUGGAGGAAUAGUUAAGUACUCAUUAGGAAGUUAUGAAUAAGGUAGUCAGAGAUAUUGAAGGUGUAGAAGUUUAUCAAGAUGAUCUCAUUGUUCAUGGUGCUGAUAAAGUAGUUCAUGACCAAAGACUUAUUGCCUUAUUGCGUCGUUUAAUUGAGAAGAAUAUUAUAGUGAAUUCGAAUAAGUGUUCAUUUUGUGUAUCUAGUUUUGAAUGCCUUGGAUACCUAGUUGAUGGUAAUGGUUUUAGACCAGAUAUGAAACGACCAACCCCACUGAAAAAUGCACCGUCUUCAAAAAAAUCACAGAAUUACGUCUGUGGUGUGGUCUAUUUAUAUCCAUAUAAGUAGUAUAUG